GUAAAAAAACCGGGUUUUUUUUUUUUUUUUUUUUUUUUUUUUUUUUAAUAGAUGAAAACUUCUUAAAUCUCACCCUAAACCUUGCGCGUCUCCCGUCCCCUUCAAACUCACUUCAACUUUGGAUAAAAUCGACUUCCAGCAGAUUUCGCGAAUGCGCCGAGCGCGCAGGAACUACUUGGCGAUCUUUCUCUUUUUCUGUCGUGCGUAUUUACGCCGGUGGAUGCUUUUGUGAGACGGAGCGAUCGCUUUGGCCGAGUGGGUGCGUGUUCGUGUGCGGGGCAAAGAGGAUCAGCCGGAGCAGUCAGAAGGAUGCUGGAAGGCAAUGCCUGCAGAAAGAGAGGAUGAGAUUUGUCGAAAGGCGCUGGAACUGCUCUCCGACCUGUGUUCAAAGGGAGAGGUGCAGGACGACAACUGUCUGGAUUUCAUCUACUACUUCAGGGACCUCGCCAGACCGCGCUACACGGACUCAGAUGUAUCAGUGAGUCUGCUGUCCCUACUGGUGACCACCUGUGGUCUGGCGCUCUUCAGCGUCUCUCUCUUUGUCUCAUGGAAACUGUGCUGGUUGCCACUAAGUGGCCGUUUCCUCCCAGAUGUCCUCAAGGGGGCGCACUUCCUGGGAGGAGAUCAACAACCUGUCCUCACAGAGGUGGACGGAGAAGAAAGGGAAUACAGCGAGGAUGGUUGUGUGAAGGAACCAUCGGGCCCCCCUUCGGCUGUGACCGUGCCCGAGUCGGCCCUGAAGAUAAGCCACACAUCACCUGACAUCCCGCUAGAGACCCAGACUAAAGUGGAGAAGAACCAAGUUCACACUCUGGCCAGAGACAGGGUUCAGAGGCAAAUUACUGAGCCUACCUCGUCUGUACGGCAUAACUCCAUUCGUCGUCAGAUGAACCUGUCUAAUCCCGACUUCAACCCAGCUCAGUUUCAGCGCCAGGACUCCCUGUCCGGUUUGGGCCGGAUAAAACCAGAGCUCUACAAGCAGCGAUCUGUAGAUGCUGAAGACGGUCGUCGGACUGACAGCUGCGGUCGUCUUCACUUCAUCCUAAAGUUUGACUUUGACCUGGAGCAGCUUAUUGUGAAGAUACAUAAGGCCCAGGACUUGCCUGCCAAGGACUUCUCAGGGACCUCUGACCCUUAUGUCAAGAUCUACCUGCUGCCUGACCGCAAAACCAAGCACCAAACCAAGGUGCACCGCAAGACUCUCAACCCAGUGUUUGAUGAGGUGUUUCUGUUUCCCGUGGAGUAUGCUGAGCUGUCAAGCCGCAAGCUGCACUUCAGCGUCUAUGACUUUGACAGGUUCUCACGACACGAUUUGAUUGGCCAAGUGGUGGUGGACAACUUCCUGGAACUGGCUGACUUUCCCCGAGAAACAAAACUGUGCCGGGAUAUACAAUACGUGACCUCGGAUAAUGUGGAUCUUGGAGAGCUGAUGUUCUCGCUGUGCUAUCUCCCCACGGCUGGCAGACUUACCAUCACCAUAAUCAAAGCCAGAAACCUAAAAGCCAUGGACAUCACUGGAGCCUCAGAUCCAUAUGUGAAAGUGUCCUUGAUGUGUGAGGGAAGGAGGCUAAAGAAAAGAAAGACUUCAACCAAGCGUAACACACUGAACCCAGUGUACAAUGAAGCCAUUGUGUUUGACGUUCCUCCCGAGAAUAUCGACCAAAUCAGCCUGCUCAUUGCAGUCAUGGAUUAUGAUAGGGUCGGACACAAUGAAGUAAUCGGAGUAUGCAGGGUUGGUAGCGAAGCCGAAAGCUUGGGUCGGGAUCACUGGAUUGAGAUGCUAACGUACCCCAGAAAACCCAUCGCACACUGGCACCCUCUCAUUGAGUGGGUCGGACAGGGAGCGACAGUGAGUGGAGGAUCUACCAACUCUCUGAAGACGCCACCACCACCAUCACCAUGAUCGCAUGCACAAGUACAAAAAGAUCCAAUGUCUCAGGAUGGGAAGCGUUGCAAGAGUUAUCAACUGAUAAUCCUGUUUGAGAGUUAAGACAUGUAAGGUGUGACUAACAGUAGCAUCGUCAGCUGUAGGCCAGCACUAAAGCUGAUUUGUCAAUGGGUUGAAGUCAGUUUCAAUGUGCAAAGACCACAUAAAAGGCUUAUUCCACUUGUCUACAUCCUUUUGUGUCCUCACAAACCAAAAAAAAACCAAACAAAAAAAAACACUUAACAUUCCAACUGAACCACCAGAAUGCUCUUAUUUGUCAUACCAAUCUGUUACUGAUAGAAUUAACAA